AUGGAAAUAAACCAAGCCUUCAACAUUUUAGAAAUUAACCAAAAAGCCACCGACCAGGAAAUUAAAAGUGCUUACAAAAAGUUAGCUCUAAAAUGGCAUCCUGAUAAAUUUGAUAAUAAUCCGACUAGACACCUCGCCCAAACCAAGGAAGAAGCCGAGGAAAAGUUUAAAGAAAUUGGCGAAGCCUACGAAGUUCUGACUGGAAAAAAUAAAGCUUUUCAACCUGGGAAAAGCACCGAUUAUUUUGCUCGAUUUGCCAAUUGCCAAACCCAAGCCGAAUUAGAAAAAGAAUUUCAAGUCUGCGUAAUUUAUUUACGGAUAUUAGCCAAAGCCCGCGACGCCGGACUGCUAAAAGAAAAACGUCGUAAUCUCACCCCCUAG